AUGUGGCUUGGCCGGCGCAAGCCGACUAUUGCUGGAGAGCUUUUCAAACAUGAACCUGAGACACGCCGAAGAAACCGCCUGUCCAAACCUUUGACCAACAAACUAUCAGCCAAUAUAUCCACAACCAGUGUUCAAGAGACAGCAAUACACAACAAGGAUGCAAGCACCCAAGAACCGGUGCUGGGUGGUCCGCUGACGUCUCAUCCAAGCAAUCCCGCCCUGAGAAGACAGAUCCGGAGUCAAAUCUUUGACGAGGAAACACCCUCGCCCAACCGGUCCUUAACGAGCGAUUCGGCCUUGAGCUUGACUUACACGGUCAGCGAGAUUGACAAGAACACUGUUCAACCUGAUAGUCCGCAGGAACAGCAUCCUCCUGCUUCAUCUCUCAAACCGAAAAAGAGGAAGUCUUUCGUGCUACGGCCUCUGUCUACGAGGCGUUCGACCAGUCUGGCCUGUCUAAACAGUGAUCAACAAGCCGAUCCUCCGAAUGGUGAUGAAGCCGCUGCUUCUACUCCGAUGUCGUCCCUUGAUCGAAUAGUAGACUCACCCGCCAUUCCCCCAACACGUCGUGCCUCUUUCACACCCGGUACUGCCACAAGGAAGCCGUCUCCAAUUAUACCAGAGCGAGAGAUUCAAGAGGAGCACGGAGUUGAAGAGCUGGAGGAAAGAAAUCUCGUGGAAACAAAUGAAUGUGCCUGGCACCCUCCUCCACCGAGAAUGGCGGGCAGAGCUGAAACGCCUGCAGACCUGGAUUAUUCGCAUCUGGGCGUCCUGCGACUUGGCUCCUUGCAGAUUGUCAACGGACGAGCAUCACCUGCCUUUAGCGAGGCAUCUAAGCUCUCCAAACAGGUUCUGGCUUUCUCCCAAUCUCAUAGGGAUGUCUCGAGUGACUAUGGUGAGGCCCAGGAAGAGUUGCAGGAAUUGCUCAUAUCAAGGUCGAAGGACCUCUCACUAAGCACGCCUGAUGAGAAUUCUGAACACCGAACCCUCAGCUGGGACAGUACCGACGAGAAACCUUCAGCGGUUCAUGACCUCGAGAACUUCGAGUCCGUUCUUUACAAGGCUGAAGUUGAUAAGGAAGACGAUCAAACUUCACUGAUGGCUAAAGAAUAUAUGGCCGAGCUACCCGCCCGUCCAUUCUCGAAUCAAAAGUCACGCCAUUUGUCCGGGUCUUCGAGGAGGUCCGAAGAAUCGAUGCAGACGUCGUUGUCACUCACAUCAUUGCAACCGUCUCUGUCCAGUGACGGUGAUGCAGAAAGCAGCUCUCCCAUGUUUCAUCUUCAACGAUGCCCUUCAUCCACGGGGUCCGUCAUCCGCAGGUCGAGAAAGGGAACAGAAACGGUAGAGCCCCGUCAAAUCUUUCCUGGAAGCGGGAUUGGUGAUGAACAUCAACCUUGCGAAAGCACAUUGAGCUGGUACUCACCCGAUGAACCAAGCUUCACCAGAGGGGAAGCAUUCCGGUCACCCCUUGAGUUUGAAGCCCAACGGCAUCAGGCCUUCCCAGCCUCCUCGCCAAACAUCCAGCCUCCUCACCCAGCCGAGAAUUCAGACAGCGGAUACAGUUCGACCCACUCCUUGCGAUCUCUCCAAAUGGCGAAGUCUCCGCCAUUUGCGGUCGUUCAGCCAUUGCGUGAUGCAUCUGCGACACGGCUGAACGGCAGAACAACACAAUCAGAGUGCAGGUCUUCUGGGGUUGGGCACGUUGCCUCUAUCCUGAAGUCGCGUAAGACAGAGCCUGCUUUCCCUAAUUUUGCCAAUCUACGUCCUGCUCCAGUUUCUACGAACUCCGCUCCAGUCGUUCCUACACCGGACACCGCUGUUGUCAAGCAGGUCAAAAUUCGAAAGAAGUUGCAGAAGAAGCGGCCACACAGCCAGCCUCCUGGGGCUCUUGCGAUUCCCCGGGUGCACUCCUUUGAGGGCGAUUCUAUCCCACGAGUUCCCAGCCAGGCCGAAGACAACCUUCGCAUCCGCUCGCAGGAAGUGCCCGAACUUGAAAAAACAUAUAUUCCUUUAAAUGGGAUGAGUCAUUACGCCAGUACAUCGAGUAUAGAUCUUCAAGAAGCGGAGGUCAGAUUCCCUUCUCCAGUAUCUGAGGAGUCAAUUCAUGUGAGGCGAUCACGCUCUCGAAGCCGACCUCUGUCAUGGAUCUCUCGCUCCAAAGAAGAUGGAAUGAGCUCGAGGCGAAAUUCCUGCACGAUACCUCCUGAAACAAUGGCCGUAGUCCAUGAUUUCGGAGCAGCCUAUUCGCUGGGUGGUGGGCCGUAUGACUUGGCCCAUGAGAACCUCGUUUACAGACAACCCCCGAAUUUGUACGAAACUCCUGCUAUCACACCCCGACCGCGCCCAAUGAUGGACGACAAAGCUGCUGCAGAAUUUGCGAGGCGUCGAAGUCGAUCAAUCCAAGAACGCGACAGUAUGUGGGCUGAUAGAACGUCUGUGUUCAACGACAGAGGAGGUAUUCCUGGAAAGCAUUUUAGACCAGCAAGCCUGGCCCGCGAUGCUCCUCCCAUCACACCGGAGAUGUUACAGAAGGCCUAUCGGACUUCGUCGGGGCAGAGACAGGUCUCGAUCGGAAACGGGUUUGCACCGCCGCCGCCGCCGCCACCCCACUCACCACGACCUGCGUACGUGGAAUAUGAAGAGGACUAUUCGGACAUGCCGAUUGCUCCUCCUCCGCCGUCCCAUUCACCGCGGCCGGUAGAUAUGAUGCCUGAUCCGUGGACCGCACAAUCCACAGCGUGGCAAGCUCCCCGAGAGUCUUCUGAAAACGUGGGCGACCACCAAUACUGGGAUUCUGGGAUGUACGAGGGAUAUCAACUAGCUGUUGAAGAUAAAUCUGAACCUCUCUACCCAGAUAUUCCUCCUCGAGGAGGACGACAUUGGCAACCCAGCCGCCAGACACCUCAAGAUUACUACUAUUCGGAACAACACUACUACGAGGGUUUUAACAACUGUACGCAGUAUGGACAGCAGGGCUAUUCACCCUAUGAGGGCUCUUGUGAUUAUUCGAACCAUUGCGAGUCCAGGUACACUCGACAAUCCCAACGCAGUUCCGUCUUGCAGGAAAUCCAGCAGCCUCGGGGCCGUGCUGCUCAGUCAUAUGGUCAAGCUCAGCACCGGCCGUUGCCAUCUCCCAGAACGUCAGGCGGGGCCAGUCCACGUCCUCAUUCCCAGGCGGGUAGCUUCCGCAGUUUUGCCUCCUCUCUUGCCGAGGAGCUUCAUCCCAGUGACCUUGAAAGACCUUGUCCGCCACCGGAAUUCGGACGAUAUUCAGGCGGAAUGGGGUUUGGGUAUGAACGAGAAAAUGGAUUCGGAGGAUCGGCUGGCACGAGGUCAGUUAGCGGGAAAGCUGGAGCAAUGAGGAAAGGGGUUGCGUUGAGGGCUAGCUUCGGCGUGGACCUGAGCGAUGUGCCCGUCAUCAUGGCCGUGGUGAGAGCGUGA